CUAUCGUUCUAACCACAACACCCGUUCCCAAAUAUAACAUUGACUCGAAACAUUGGUGAUAAGAUACGAUUCCAAUGGCUGCUUAUCUUCCUCCUACAACACCAUUCUCGCGCCCCAACAUUAGAAUCCUCACUUCCAUCUCUUCCUUCAACGUUUCCAACACUCUGACCACUCGUUCACAACCGCGAAGCAUCGUGAAAUGCGAAUCCAGUGCAUCGCCAGCAGACGGCCAGACGUCGCCGCCAAAAAGUCAGAAACUCGAGAUCGGGUCCCCCGUUAUCGUAAUCGAGGCUCCCAAGAUGAUAAAGACCGCAGCCUCAGUUCCAUGUCUCAGGGUCAAUUCCGGCAUAAUCAACCCCGGCGACGUCGGCAGAAUCGUGUCGAGAAAACCUAAGGACGUGUGGGCCGUGCGGCUUAAGGUCGGGACUUACCUCAUAGAUGGAAGGUAUUUUAGAGCAUUAGAACUCGAUCAAUAGCUUUAACUUGUCCGGAGAGGCUUUCGAUUUGAAGGUUCCGAGCUUACAAAUUCACCUUUCAUGGCGAUUUCGUUGGAAUGCGGCGUGUGUUUGAAUCCAUUUGUAGGAAAUCAUUCCGUUAUCGUUGCAUGUUGUUCAGAUCACCCUCCAUGUCUCUAUCUUGAUGCAGCAGAUCGAAUGCAGCUUGAUUAGCCAUGAAUUUAGGAGUCUUAUGUGCAUAGUUUAUUCCUUACGAAUAAAUUUUCGAUUCUAUAACAUAUAUUUUAUUGCAAAUUUGUUAUGCAUCUUCGUGGAAUUCACGAUGAAACUCGAACCCUCAAUCCCGUUUGAUGGUUUCUUUGUUGCAUGUUUCCAUUGUAUUUUAAGCAUGGAUAUAAUUUUUGGUUUACCAUUAUGUAUUAAUAUAUUAAUAUAGAGAUCGGUUGGUUCAAAUUA